CAGGCGGCGGCAGCGCGCGCUCCGGGGACACGAACGGGACCGGCACCGACACCGACACCGGGACGGACACCGACACCGGGACCAGCACCGGCACCAGCACCGGGACCAGCACCGGGGCCUCCGCCGCCCCGCUGCGCUGCCGGGAGGGCGCGGAGCCGCCAGCAGGACGCGCCGCUGCCCAGCCCCAAACCCAGCGGAGGAGGCGAAAAUGGGCCGAAAAAAAAUCCAGAUCAGCCGGAUUUUGGACCAGCGGAACCGGCAGGUGACCUUCACCAAGCGGAAAUUCGGGCUGAUGAAGAAGGCGUACGAGCUGAGCGUGCUGUGCGACUGCGAGAUCGCCCUGAUCAUCUUCAACAGCACCAACCGCCUGUUCCAGUACGCCAGCACCGACAUGGACAAGGUGCUGCUCAAGUACACCGAGUACAGCGAGCCCCACGAGAGCCGCACCAACUCCGACAUCCUCGAGACGCUGAAGCGCAAAGGGUUGGGGCUGGAGAGCCACGAGCUGGAGCUGGAGGAGGGGCCGGAGCCGCCCGGGGACAAGGGCAGGAGGAUCGGGGAGGGCGUGGAUCUGUCGCUGGCGCGGCCCAGGUUUUAUAGCCCGGUGCCGCUGCCCGAGGCCGCCUACGGCAGCUCGUCCCCGGCCACCGAGGGCUCCCUGGGCAGCGGCAGCAGCUCCCCGCAGGGCCAGGGCCGCUCUCCCGCCUUCAGAGCCGCGGCUCCAAAGCCACCGGGACGGUCCCCAGGGCCACUGCCCCCAGGUAGGCUCGGGGACACUACGGGGGGUGGGUACAGGGCAAGGGACCCUGCCGUGGGUGUUCUGUCCCCACCCUGGGCACCCUGUCACCACCACGGGCCCCUGUCCUUGCUAUGGACACCCCAUCACCGCCCUGGGCACCCCAUCCCUGCCACGGCCAUCCCCGCCACCACCGAGGGCUCCCUGGGCAGCGGCAGCAGCUCCCCGCAGGGCCAGGGCCGCUCUCCCGCCUUCAGAGCCGCGGCUCCAAAGCCACCGGGACGGUCCCCAGGGCCACUGCCCCCAGGGCUCAGCUACCCCCUGUUCCCUGCCGCCAGCCUGAGCCGCGCCCUGGCCACCAAGACGCCACCGCCGCUGUUCCUGGGGGCCGAGGGCCGGCGUGGCGAGUGCCAGGGCAGCGUGGCGAGCGGCCGGAGCGGUGCCAGCGCAGCGCGGCCGCUGUACCCCGCCCUGCAGACGCUGAGCCCCGUGCUCAGCCCGGGCAGCUCCGGCCUCCCGAGCCACGGCCUCGCCGGCUUCCCCUUCCUCAGCCCGGCCCAGGCGGAUUUUGGGGCUGGCGAGGUCCCGCCGCCCCCCGGAUUCCUGCAGCCCCCCCCGGCGUGGCAGCACCCCCGGGACAUGGCAGCGCUGGGGGCCAGCAGCCGGAUCGUCCCCGCGGAGGAGCCAGCCGCUGUCCCCGGCGCGUCCCCGCAGCACCAGGCCAUCAGCAUCAAGUCGGAGCGGGUGUCGCCGGGGCUGGGCUGUCCCCCGGGCACCCCCCAGCCCCCCCUGGCCAGCCUGGCGUCCCUCAGCGAAGCCUCCCGAGCCCCCGGCGACCUCCAGCCCCGCGAUGACUUCGCCAAGGGCUUCCCCCCGUACGCGCCGGGGCCGCCGCGGCCGCUGCCGGACGAGCAGAGGGUCCCUGUCCCCCCUGUCCCCACGCGGAGGGGACAGCCCGUGGACGUUUGGCAGAGAUAGCGAGGCCGGCGGGGUGCGGGGAGGGGGAAAACCCCGCUCGGGGGAGCAGCUCCCCGCUCCUCCCCCGUCCCAGCCCCUCGGGAAGCCCCCCCCGUGCCCCCGGUGCCACCUGCAGGGUCACUGUCCCCAUCCUUGAGACCCCCCCCUCCCCGGAGCCCCCAAAUGCCACCAGGUCCCCUCCUUUCGGCUGCGCCCGCCGCCCCCCGCGCGGCCAGGAGCCCGGCGCUGUCGCGGUGUCCUGUGCGGUGGCGCUGGGCGCUGUCCCCUCCUGUCCCCGCGCCUGUCCCCGCGCCAGCAGCGUGUCCCCAGCCAGCGGGAGUGGCCGGGAAGUGCCACGCGGUGGCAGCAGGACUGAGAGCAGCGGCAGCGGCUCCAAUUCCGGCCCAAUCCCGCGGCCAGGGGGACAGGGGACAGGGGACAGGGGACAGUGCUGCCCCAGCCAGGGGCUCUUUUCUAUUUAUUAUCCUCGCACCAAUAAAGAGCUGGGGGGCUCGGGCUGUCUGCUGUGAGGUUUUUGGGCUCAGGUAGCCCGCUUUGGGGUGGCACGGCAUUGAUGUCCCCACGGGAGGGGUGGCACGUGCCCGGAACCCCUUGGUCUCAGCGUCGCUGUCCCCCCCCCUCCGUGUCCCCCAGGCUCAGAGCCACCUCUCAGGGGUCACUGAGCAGAGGGAUGAGUGACAGCCGGGUCACCCCUGGUCU